GACGCACUGUGACUACUAAGCACAGUCUGCGCUCUCCCACUCCUCCCACUGUCUUUCCCUCGUCUCUCUCCCUCUCUGUCGAUCGGCAUCCUCGCCGCCCCUCAUCCUCCGCUUCCAUUCAGAUUAUUUACCAUCUCUCCUUCGCUCCCUCUCCUUGUCUCUCCGCGUCGUGUUGCUGCUCUCGCCACCUAAGCCUCCAUCCCUUCCUUCCUUCCAACAUUCCCUGCCCUAUUCCUCCUCCUGCCGGAGCUCUUCCUCGCUGCCUAGCACACGCUGGUGCAUAGCAUAACACAGCCCUCUCCAGUGUGGGGAACAAUGUCCGCUAUUCUGGAUCUGGACCAGAUUGCAUGCUCUGGCAAUGGAGUGGAGCACGACAUUGAGACUCCUCAUGGCGUUCUUCAUGUGACGAUGAGAGGCGUUCCCAAGGGCAACAGACCCAUCAUCCUCACCUACCACGACAUCGGUCUCAAUCACAAGUCCUGCUUCAACACCCUGUUUAACUAUGAGGACAUGCAGGAGAUCACGCAGCACUUUGCAGUGGUUCACGUAGAUGCACCCGGACAGCAGGAGGCGGCACCCCCCUUCCCCAGCGGCUAUCGCUAUCCUACCAUGGACGAGUUGGCCGAGAUGCUGCCGUCUGUGAUGACUCAGCUCAAGGUCAACAGCGUCAUCGGCAUCGGCGUGGGAGCAGGCGCAUACGUCCUCAGCCGUUUUGCUCUGAACAAUCCCACCCUGGUGGAAGGGCUGGUGCUCAUCAAUGUGGACCCGUGUGCUGAAGGCUGGAUCGACUGGGCGGCUUCCAAACUGUCUGGAUGGACCAGUAACCUGGUGGACAUCGUCAUGGCUCACCACUUUAGCACUGAUGAGCUGACCGAAAACCAGGAACUGAUCCAGACCUACCGUUUGCACAUCGCCCAAGACAUCAACCAGGACAACCUGGCCCUCUUCUGCGGCUCCUACCAAUAUCGCCAGGACCUGGACAUUGAGCGGCCGGUGGUGGGUUUGAACGAGCACUCUGUCAAAACGCUGACGUGCCCCGCUUUGCUGGUAGUUGGAGAUACGUCACCUGCUGUGGACGCCGUGGUGGAGUGCAAUUCCAGGUUAAAUCCGACCAAGACCACCCUGCUAAAGAUGGCCGACUGUGGGGGCUUACCCCAGGUUGUUCAGCCGGGGAAACUGGCUGAGGCCUUCAAGUACUUCGUUCAGGGCAUGGGCUACAUUCCAUAUGUUCUUCUCAGUCAUCUGAGCAACGAAUCAGUGCCGUCUGUCGGGAUGACUCGCCUGGCUCGCUCACGCACCACCUCCUCCUCAAGCAUCACCUCCAUGGAAAGCAGCCGCAGCCGCCAGAACCUGAACAGCCUGCUGGAGAACAGCGCCACUGCGGGGCUCGACCGCCAGGCCAGACCCCAGACCAUGGAGGUGUCCUGCUAAGGCCCCCCCCAUACGCACGCCCCCCCCCCCCCCCCCCCUUGUAACUUAUGUACCCUCGCUCCCCCGCUUUCUCUCGCAGGUUCUGUAAUGAACUUGGAGCUUAGAAGAAAAGAGGAUGUUCUAGUUCUAUUAACAAAAGCAUAUGGGUGAAUAUUAAACCCAAAACGUUCCUGAGACCACGACUACCGCUGCAUUCAGACGUCUUGUAUGUUCAGAUGUGAUCCGCUCUUGUAUUUAUUUCAUUCCUAAGUCCACCCCCGCCCCCAUGUGGUCGGUAUAUACAGUAUUUCCUGUCUACAUAAGGUACUAUUUCCAUCUUUGGUUUCAAGUCUAAUCACGCAGCCUACAUGGAUUGUGACUCACUGUGUUGCGUUCGUGUGUUUUUUUGAAGUUGAUGCAGGGAGCUAUAAAAACCGACGUGGCGGCAGAAGUUCGAUGAUGCCAGUUUGGAGGAACAGGAAGUGUUGGAUGUCUUUACCCUUGUUUACAUGGCCGUAGCUUUCACUCUUUUUUUUUCCUGAUGGUUGCAUUCAAUCAUAACGCAGACUUUAAACUGCCUGCCACGCCUGGUCCAGGGGUUCCUUUCACUUGUCUUCUCAUCCAUCUUCUUUAUAUUACUACUGACUACUGAAUAAACAGGUAGAGUAUGA